CGCUCGCUCACACUCUGCUGCUUCCCCGCCCUUAUCCUGAGGCCAGCCAGCACCCGUUCGUUCCCGUGCGCCACCACCGCAGCAGGUCGCCGCUGCGCCACCGCAAACCCCGUGCUCGGUCAGCCGCGGCCCAGGCAGGAUGGUCAGCGAGCAAGCGCCGCCGGCGGAGGUGGAGAAGACCGAGGCGGCGGAGAGCGAGGAGGCCGCGCCCAAGUCGGAGCAGCAGGCGGCGGACGAGGCGCCGGUCGUCGAGGACGUCAAGGAGGACGAGGACGAGGACGAUGAAGACGACGACGACGACGACGACGCUGAUGAAGGUGAGCUCGGUGCAGGGGCAACCGAGGGCUCCAAGCAGAGCCGGAGCGAGAAGAAGAGCCGCAAGGCCAUGAUGAAGCUCGGAAUGAAACCCGUCACCGGCGUCAGCAGGAUAACCAUCAAAAGAGCCAAGAACAUACUGUUCGUGGUGUCGAAGCCUGACGUGUUCAAGAGCCCGACGUCGGAGACGUACGUGAUAUUCGGCGAGGCCAAGAUAGAGGACCUGAGCUCACAGCUGCAGGCCCAGGCCGUGCAGCAGUUCAGGAUGCAGGACCUCAGCAAGGCGAUGGCCAAGCAGGACACGGCGGCCGCGGCGCCGGCCGACGAGGAGGAGGAGGUGGUGGACGAGACCGGGAUUGAGCCCCGCGACAUCGACCUCGUCAUGACGCAGGCCAGCGUGUCGCGGGCCAAGGCCGUCAAGGCUCUCAAGGCGCACGACGGCGACAUCGUCAGCGCCAUCAUGGAGCUCACGGCCUAGAAGACCCUUCCUCGCUGCUUGCACCCUUACACCCGGUGGAAUCAGAUGUUUUCAUUAUUUUUGGGGAUUUGCAAUAAGAUGUUUUCGUUGCUCACCUUAUGGACGUUGCAUCAUGUCAGUUUCCAGAUUAGUGUCAUCAUCAUCAAGUUGUUAAUCGAAUUAUUAUUUCAGUAUCUUUCUA